CUCCGCCUCGCCUCUGAGCCCCGCCUCGAGCCUCGGUUCCUGUGGGCGCGCAGGAGCAGUGGUGCGCGCGCUGGCCUGGAGGCCAACCCGGCGGCCCCGCUAGAAGUUAUCCUGGCCCGGCAGGCUGUGCGCGGGCAAGAUGGCGGCGGCCGGCGAGCACGCGAGCUUUUUCCGCAGCAGCCUCUUUUCCUUCCUCCCUGGUGGCACGCGAUCUGACGUGACUGACGACCUGGCGACAGAUGCGCGGGGCCGCGGCGCGCGGCGCAAGGAGACCGUCGUUCCGCCCCCGACUCCGGGCCAGGCGCCUGCCCCGGAGGCGACGGGCACCCAGGACGCCUCGCAUAAGCGGCCCUGCCGUGCCUGCGUAGACUUCAAGACGUGGAUGAGGACCCAGCAGAAGGUGCAGCGGGACAGGAAGUUUAGGGAGGAUUGUCCCCAGGAUCGCGAGGAACUGGGCCGCCACAGCUGGGCUCUGCUUCACACCCUGGCCGCCUACUACCCGGAGCAUCCCACCCCAGAACAGCAGCAAGACAUGGCCCAAUUCAUACAUUUAUUUUCCAAGUUUUACCCGUGUGAGGAGUGUGCUGAAGACAUAAGGGAGAGGAUAGGCAGGAACCAGCCAGACACUCGAACUCGGGCAUCCUUCACCCAGUGGCUAUGCCGUCUGCACAACGAGGUGAACCGAAAGCUGGGCAAGCCCGACUUUGACUGCUCACAGGUGGAUGAACGCUGGCGUGACGGCUGGAAGGAUGGCUCCUGUGAUUAAAGGAGGGCACCCCACCCCCUCGGUCUGGAGAGGGGUGGGACACUGAUUAAAGUGCAUCUGAACCCCAGAGCCUGUUGUGUCUCAGCAGGACAGUUCCCAGGACACUGCUCACAGACCCCUCCCCUCAGGCAGAAUACAGUAGAAAUGGAGGUGCCCACUGAAAGAAUUCUAUGGCCUCCACCUCACGUGAGGCUCCAUGGACUGCAGGUGAUAGAGGCAGGACCAGUCAUGCUGCCACUUGCCAGUCAGCAUGUGCCCUCCUGCCUCAGCUCCAUAACAGGGACCUAAUUCCCCCCAAAGAAAGAUAGAGGGCAUGGUUGGGGUUCCCUGUGCCUUCUCCUUGAGGUCAGGCCACUGUGUAGCUGGGGAUGCACUCAGCACUGUGGUCUCAAUGGCUCUGUGCUGUUGCUUCUAGAAUGAGGCCUGGGGGCUGGGGAUUUAGCUCAGCGGCAAAAGCGCCUGCCUAGAAUGAGGCCUGCACUGUGCUUAGUCUCCAUAGGAAAAGCUCAGGCAGUUUUUAUCUGAAGGUCCCACUCCUCAUGCUGCUCAUUCCCUGACAGGUACACAACCUUUCAUAACAGUGGUAAGGCUUGUCUGAAGGUCAUCCUGGGGGCAGCUUCCUUAGAGUUUUGAGACCAAAAUAAAAUGCUGGGGAAGUGACUGAAA